AUGUUCAUCCUCCUUCCUUUCUUCCUAUCCCUCCGUUUCCUCGUCCGUCCGUCUAUCCUCCUUCCUUCCUCCUUCGCUGUUUCCCGCGCCGCUCGCUUUCUCUCCCUCUCUCCCUAUCGUCCUCCAUCUUUCCCCGUCUUCCCUUUCUCCCUCGUUCUCUCGCCGUUCCUGCGUGUCUAUCUGCCUUCUGCAACUGUUCUCUUCCCUCUGGGAUGCAGUGCGAGUCCUCAGAGCGAGGAGAAUCUCUUUGUGUGGAGCGCCACCAUUUUCGGCCCAGACGAGUCGCCUUGGGAGGGCGGCAUCUUCUCGCUGCGACUCAUAUUCAGCGAGCAGUAUCCUGAGAAGCCCCCUCGUGUGCGAUUCACCACUGAAGUCUUCCACCCCAAUGUGUACAACGACGGGACUCUUUGCAUGGACAUCAUUCAGGACGCGUGGUCACCAUGCCACAACAUCUGCACCAUCCUCACCUCCAUCCAGUCAUUGCUCACAGACCCCAAUCCCUCCAGCCCUGCAAACGCCGACGCUGCUCAGCUGUUUUCCAAUGACAUUCUUGCCUACAACAGGAGAGUGAGGCAGUGUGUGCGCAAGUCACUUGACAACAUGCAAUGA